UGAGUAAUAAUCAAUGGUUGAUCAUAUUUUUAACAGAUAUCAUAAAACUUCAAGAAUGGUAUUAGCAGCAAAUCGAUAAAUUCUGUAACACCAAUGUCCUCAGUUUAAAUACGAAAUUAAAGUAAAUUAUAAUAAAUAUGCUCGUGACAACGUUUUAUUUAGCAAUGACUUUUAUAAAUGCGUGGAGGAUGCGGUCUUUGAAGUCGCAUCUCCUGAAGUUUAUGAGUUGGAAGUCCAGUGCUGUUCUUUACAAGUUUUCAUCAGAGAUUGCAUGUGAUACAUACGAAAUGGGUUACAGAGAUAUUUAUAAACACAAUGACAAUGUUGCUGAAGUUACUCUUCUGUCUUUAGCUACUAAUAGUAUCAGUCCACUUAAAGCGAAGCUUAUAAUAGAAAGAAAGGUGCACUACAUAACUGAUGUUAUAGAAAUAACUGAAACUACAAGAAUGUGUAGACUCCGACCGAUACAGUUUAUAGAUAUCAACCGAUGGUUCUCCAUAGCAAAUGGCUUGCCUCUGUGGAGCAGUAAUGUGUUUCAGCAGCCUGAUCCGACGCCAAAGUUGUGUGUGUUUAUUGAAUGUGAAAUGGAGCCCAGCGAGGAUCAAUCACAAGAUGAUGUUAUACCAUUGGAGUCAUUAGGCCAAGUGUGGGCUUGGAGAGCUGAUAAGAAUUUGGAGUUUAUAGCGGUUAUACCUUUUAACAAACUAUUAGAAAUGUGUUACAAGUUCCUAUAUGGAUCUCUGAUUAUAAAUGAGAGAUUGCCCGUCACAAGGAUACAGACUGUAUAUGCAACUGGAAUGCCAUAUCAACCAGAAGAUGAUCAAAUUAAUACACUGAAAAAGAUAAUAAAGGAGGCACAUAAGACAUCAGAAGAUUUAGAUUGGACGUACUACUCUGGCAUCUUAAAACACAUGUAUAGAGAAGUAUUUGUGAAUUCAAAUAAAAUGGCUAAAUCGUACAUAACAUCAGUACCCAGUCAAAUAUUAAGUCCACCGCAAACACACCCCGAUUCUAGUGAAAAAAAUAUCGAAAGUAAUAACUCUAAUCAUUGUGAGGAAAACAAUCACCACGAACGAACGCAAGAACUGAUUCGUGCGUUAUCACAAGAGAUAGAAUCAGAACCUACUGAUGAAUCAAACAAAAAGUCACCAGAAGAACAAAUUAAAGCAUUGUCGGAUGAAAUGGAACCGAAAACGAGUCGAGAAACAUCCAAAAAGUCGCCGUCAGAAAUAGAAGCUAAUCAUAAAAACGCAAAGUUGCAAGAAACAGUAACAGAACCAAAGCUGGAAUCAUACGAAAUAUCUUCGCAAACACCGAUUGAAACAUUUUUACAAGAAUUAAAAUCGGAACCUCCACAAGUAUUAAACGUAGAGUCAAUCCAGGAACAAGUUCAAGCGUCACCGCAAAAAAUUGAAGCCAACCAUAAAGUUGAUAAAAAGUCUAUACAAGAACAAAGUCAACCAUCGUCACAAGAAUCAAAUGUAAAAUCACCCGAAGGCAAAAGAACCUUACAGAAACAAAAACAAGUGCAAGAAUCAUCACGAAGAACUAAACAAGUAGAAGAAUCAACUUCCAAACCAGUAAAGGGAUCAAAGCAAGAAAUGAAACCUGAACCAAAACAAGAAAUAGUUCCUAAGUCAGACGAAAUACAAGAAUCUCGACAGACUCAUCAAAAACAAGAUUCAUUAAAACCGUCCCAAGAGUCGGGAUCAUCAAGUCGAUCUUCAACUCCUGAAAUUCUAGAAGGCACUAUAGUUAGAAGCGAAACUGUAAAUAUCAGGCAAAAACUUUCGCCGAGUAGAAAACGGAAAACUAACAAAGGCGCUGCUACUAUAGAGACUACGAUAGAAUCAGUCACUACGCAUAGAAGAGUUACGUCACUUAUUCCUCCAAGUCAAGAGAGAACAAGUUCUAGUAUGUCGGAAAAAUCUGAUAAAAAAAAGAUAGACUUACCCAAAUCUACGGGGUUGGAUGUGCUUGUGUAUUCUGAGAGUGUGGUGGCGAAGAACAACUUGAUUGCUACGUUGAAGAAUGUUCUGGAUCCAGAAAGGUACACAAUAUACUCGGUGCCUCUAACCGUGCUGUGUUCGGGGGCGUGGCGAGGCAAAGUCGCGCUGAUAGCCGUAGUGGGCAACACGGGCGAGGCCACGCCCCAUCUUCUACGGUAUUUCCUAGACGGUGGCCGGCUACUCGCGAUAUGCAGCGACCUACUGCAGUCUGUCGUGCCGUAUUAUAGGACCGCUGAGAUAAGGGAAAACGAGAUAGUGCAGUUCUCGUUCGACAAGUGGAAGGCCGUGAAACUAAAACACCACGUGCUGUGCUUCCAGGCCUCGCCCGCCAAAAAACAGUUCUCAUCUGAAAGCGAUAGACAAGCCAGUACGGAUAAUAAUAUAUGUUGUGUACUGGAGCACGAGCUGUUCGUGGAAGUGCUGGCGAACGAGGAGACCUGGCGCACGCCCUCCCUCAUACAGGUCGCUGAGAACACCAACCACGGUGUGUCCAUAUUCUCACAGAUCCACUUAGAAACUGACCCAGCGGAGUAUUUAGGCGAAGAAGGACCAAAGUACAACAAGAGUAGAUACGAAAUUCUAUUCAAAAUACUAGGAGAUAUCAUCAGCUUGCAUGUCAAAGAUAUGAGCGAAAUACCCACCGUCGACUAUACUGAAGGGUACUUCUUUGGAGACGAAAAAAUAAUUAGCAAGUUCCUGUCCGAGUUGCCAGAAGCCCACAAAAAGAGGAUGUCCAUCAACGGUGCGCUGAUAGAGUGGCUGACCCCGGGGCAGAGCCCCACCCAUCCACCCUCACACAAUCAUCUCCCUGUGCGCAUCUCACAAAUACCCAAAACGUUUGAUUACGAAACAUACCUUAAGAACCUGACCUCAACCACCGUGGGUCGCGUGCUCCUGUACUCGCCUGUGGUGGGGACGACGACCACGUGGUGCGCGCCGCUGGCCGGCCUCGCGGUGGUGGCGGGACAACAGCUGGCGGGCCGCGGCCGCGCCCACAACCAGUUUAUAUCACCUCCGGGGCAGGCGGUGCUGUCUGUGCAGGUCUGGCAGGAAAUGAAUGACAGGAUAGCGCUAACACAAAACGUGGCUGCGCUCGCCGCCGUGCUCGCGAUACGAAGCGAGACGCCAUAUGAGGGUCUAGAUAUCAGAAUCAAAUGGCCGAACGACAUUUACUACGGGCGGUCUGCGAAGAUCGGCGGCGUCAUGACAACAGCUGAUGUGAUGGAGGACAAGACUAGGAUUUAUAUUGGUAUCGGUGUAAACAUAUCAAACAGCGUGCCUACGACGUGCGUCAACGACAUUAUAUCGAAAUACAACGCCCUCCACAAUACUCAUCUACCCCCCCUCAGUGUCGAGUGGUUCCUCGCCCGCUUCAAUUCGCAUCUCGAACGGAUAUUAGCGGACAUGGCCACGGAUAACGGACAUAAGUUCUUCGAGGAUUACUACAAGUAUUGGUUGCAUAGCGCGGAGCAGAUCAGCGUGAUAGACAAGGACGGCAAGCGGGUGUCGGGCACUAUCCACGGCAUGGACAAGUUCGGCUUCCUACUCGUGGACACCCCGGCCGGCCAGCUCACCGUCAACCCUGAUGGAAACAGCUUCGACCUGAUGGCAAACCUGGUUGUGGCCAAAUAUUAAUGGCAGGUUAUCGUAUAAUCGUUCCCCUGGUUUUAAGGUUUUUCGUUUGUUAUGGACAUUUGGUUAAUGACAUUCAUAAUUUUUUUGUUACGUAGAGUCAUUCGGAAUUUUUUGCGUGAUGUGGGGCUUUACGAUGUAAAGUACAUAUUUUAUUAUCCGUUGUAAAUCCUUUGGGAUUUAUAAUACUUCGAAACAGUGACGUUGCCGUAUCAAUAUAAUUAAUAUAAUAUUAUAAGGGGCCCACGGACCUACCCAUUUUAUGAUCUUUUUCCUUUUUUAAGAAAUCUUUACCCUUUCUAAGGGCCCCGGAACUAAUUUUUAUGCGGAGCUCCGUCAAGUCACAUUACGCCCCUGCUAUAAAGUUUACGUGUAUAUUUUGAUGAACAUUACGCGUAUAUUUCAAGUGUUUCCACUUAUCGAAAUGUGUUCAUCAUCAAUUUCUAAUUUAGGGAAUUUAGAUUAAGGUAAUGUGCAUUUAUGUGAAAGGAGAUUGUUAUUCCAUGACAGUUGGAAAGCGGAGUAAAAACUCUUUAGUAUCUA